AUGAAGAAAAACAACAAUAGAACAAGCUAGCAAAUUCUGGAGGAAAAAUUGGUCUUUGAAGAUCUGGCAGGUAUAGAGGGGAUCAUCAAGUAUUUUGGAAUGGUCAAUUAAUCUCAAAAUUCGGAUGAUAGAAAAGCAGCUACAGUUCCAUCCUUAUAUUUGGAAUAUUGCUAAUAUGGAAGUUUACAGUAGUUGUAGAUGUACACUAUCCCAUUCACUGAAACAUUAGCAUUUGUAGUAAUGAGAUAACUGCUUUUUACGAUAUAAGAAAUUCACAAAAGAGGCUAUGUUCAUCUUGAUUUGAAGGAGGCCAACAUUCUCUUGAACUUUAAGAAGGAGAAUCAAACAUCUCCUUUAAAUGCGCUCUUACCAAUAGCAUUUAAGAUAUCUGAUUUAGGCAUCUCAAAAAAGAUUGAGGUAAUAAGAUAAGGGAAGGUUAAUUGCAAGUCAGGCACGAUAAAAUAUAUGAGUCCUGAACAGCAUAACUCUCCAAAUAGAAAGUUUUUAUAACCUGAAAAAAUUGAUAUUUUUGCACUAGGGGUGAUACUUUUCAAUCUAGUCUUCAAAAAACUGCCUUUUGCGACAAAUAGCGGCAAAGACCCGCAAUAUUAAGAGAAGCCCAAGACAUUUGUGAAAGAAUUUAUGGAAGAUUACACGAAGAAUACAUACAAAGUAUAAAUUUCAGCUUCACUAUCUGACUUGCUUUAAAGAAUGUUGAGUUUGAAUCCAAAGGACAGGCCUGGAAUUGAUUAAAUUUAACAAUCCAAUUUUUUUCAAGAGCAAACUAGAAUGCUCUUGAAUGAUAGAGAAAAAGCAUUGCAAACAAAGUAGCAACUUUUCAACAAACUGUAAUAUGUAGUUAAUUUAACUAAAAUCAGAAUACCUUUGAAGCCGAAGUAAGAGGUAAAGCCAAAUAUUUCGGUUUCAAUCUCAACUGCAGCCAACUCUCUACCGUUGGAUCUAUAAUAAUCAAAUAUCAACGUCAAAAAUAAUGACUAAACUUCGUUAAAGCAAUGUCCAGUUUUAAUGGAAUAAAAAAUCUCAGAAGUACCUAGGAGCUAGGACUAGACUUAUACAUAAUUAGAGAUUAAACAAGUGUUUGUAUAGCAGAAUCUUAACAAGAACGAUGAUGUACUUAUGGAUGAUAAUUCUAACUAUUAAGAUAUAUGCCUUAGCGAGAAAACAGUUCUCAGAGUGAAUAGUAGCUAGCCUUAGGAUAAUUAACCAGCAAAAGGAUUAAAGAAUAUGAUUGUUAAUGCCUUCAGCAUUGUCGAAUUAAAUACUAAAAUCUCAACAUUAAAAUUCUAAAUGACUCAAUCUAACAUUAAACGAGGGAUUGUCCUAGCUAACAGAACACCAAUAAUAGCAUCACUAUGA